AUGGAUACCGCAGCGUUGUUGGCGAUUCUUGACGAUCCAAGCGCGUUUGCUGAACAGGCGCCGCUACUACGCCAGGACUUGCGGCGCGUCCUAGCCGCCCAGAACACGCAGAUCAAGGAGUUGUCGCUGGCGCAUAACACCGCGUGUGAAGCCAACAAGGCUUUCAAGCUGGCGCUUUCGGAGAUCGGCACCGUGGUGAUCUCCGUCGCCAUGGGCGACUUGCUGAAGAAAGUCGAGAUCCACUCGGUCGAGCUGGACCCGGAGAUUUUGAAGGUCAAGAUCACCAUCAACACCAUGAUGGACCAGCUCCAGGCGUUCGCGACCGAGGUCACCAAAGUCGCCACCGAGGUCGCCAACGGCGAGUUGGGCGGCCAGGCCAAGAACGAGGGCUCCGUGGGCAUCUGGCGCUCGUUGACCGACAACGUCAACAUCAUGGCGUUGAACCUCACCAACCAGGUGCGAGAAAUCGCCGACGUCACGCGCGCGGUUGCCCAGGGCGACUUGUCCCGCAAGAUCAACGUCCAUGCGCAGGGCGAGAUCUUGCAGUUGCAGAUGACCAUCAACACCAUGGUGGACCAGCUCCGAACGUUUGCGUUCGAGGUGUCCAAAGUCGCGCGUGACGUGGGGGUCCUUGGUAUUUUGGGCGGCCAGGCCUUGAUCGAGAACGUCGAGGGGAUCUGGAAGGAACUCACGGAUAACGUCAACGCCAUGGCGCUCAACUUGACCACGCAGGUGAGAAACAUUGCCAACGUCACGACUGCUGUUGCUCAGGGCGACUUGCUGAAGAAGGUCACCGCCGACUGCAAGGGUGAAAUCCUAGACUUGAAGCUCACAAUCAACCAGAUGGUGGACCGCUUGCAGACCUUUGCUCUCGAGGUCACCACGUUGUCUCGCGAAGUCGGAACCUACGGUAUCUUGGGCGGCCAGGCGAACGUCCGUGAUGUCGAGGGAGCUUGGAAAGCCGUGACCGAGAACGUCAACUUGAUGGCCACCAACUUGACCAAUCAAGUCAGAUCCAUCGCCACAGUCACCACGGCCGUUGCGCAUGGCGACUUGUCCCAAAAGAUCGACGUGCACGCCCAAGGAGAAAUCUUGCAGUUGAAGAACACCAUCAACAAAAUGGUGGACUCCUUGCAGCUCUUCGCCUCCGAGGUCUCUAAAGUUGCCAGAGAUGUCGGUAUCAAUGGUAAGUUGGGCAUUCAGGCUCAAGUCUCUGAUGUUGAUGGUUUGUGGAAGGAAAUCACCUCCAAUGUCAAUACCAUGGCUGCGAACUUGACGUCCCAGGUCAGAGCUUUUGCUCAGAUUACAGCAGCAGCCACCGACGGCGACUUCACUCGCUUUAUCACUGUCGAGGCUUCUGGUGAGAUGGAUGCCUUGAAGACCAAGAUUAAUCAGAUGGUGUUCAAUUUAAGAGAGUCCAUUCAAAGAAACACUGCUGCAAGAGAGGCCGCCGAAUUGGCCAACAGCGCUAAAUCGGAAUUUUUGGCGAACAUGUCGCACGAAAUCAGAACGCCGUUGAACGGUAUCAUUGGUAUGACCCAAUUGUCCCUUGAUACCGAGCUUACACAAUAUCAGCGUGAAAUGUUGAGCAUUGUCCACAAUUUGGCCAACUCUUUGCUUACAAUUAUCGAUGACAUUCUUGAUAUUUCUAAAAUCGAGGCGAACAGAAUGACUGUUGAGCAGAUUGACUUUUCAUUGAGAGGCAACGUGUUUGGUGCUUUGAAAACUUUGGCCGUCAAGGCCAUCGAGAAAAACUUGGAUCUCAUCUACCAAUGUGAUUCUUCGUUCCCAGAUAACUUGAUUGGCGAUUCAUUUAGAUUGCGCCAAGUUAUUCUCAAUUUGGCGGGCAAUGCCAUUAAGUUCACUAAAAAGGGAAAAGUCAGCGUGAGUGUUCGGAAGUUUGGCGGGGUCCCAGAAGAUCCGGACAAACUUCUUCUAGAGUGUUGUGUGAGCGAUACUGGAAUUGGCAUUGAAGAAGACAAACUUGGCUUGAUUUUCGACACAUUCUGUCAAGCAGAUGGGUCCACUACGAGAAAGUUUGGAGGAACCGGUCUUGGUUUGUCAAUCUCAAAGCAAUUAAUCCAUCUUAUGGGUGGUGAAAUCUGGGUUACUUCUGAUUAUGGUCAUGGAUCCAACUUCUCUUUCACGGUGUCUGUGUCUCGUUCCAAUAUUCAAUACUCUGCAAACAGCGAGCUGCUUAUGCCUUUCAGAAAUCAUCACAUUUUGUUCAUUUCAACAGAUCACAACGAUUCUGAACUCGAGGAAAUUCAAAAUAAUAUUAUUGGGCUUGGCUUGGAACCAGUUAUCGCAAGAUCUACCCAAGAGGCAAAUCUUUCGGAGCCAAUCAACUACGACAUAAUUAUGAUAGACUCUAUCAAUACCGCGAAAGAGUUGAGAUUGUUGCCCGAGGUUAAAUACAUUCCCUUGGUCUUAUUACACCACUCCAUACCUGAGUUGAAUAUGAGGGUUUGCAUAGACUUGGGAAUCUCGUCGUACGGGAACACUCCCUGCACAAUCUCGGACUUGGCAAGUGCUAUAAUACCGGCUUUAGAAUCCAGAUCUAUUGCUCAGAACACAGAUGAUUCUGUCUCCUACAGAAUUCUCUUGGCCGAGGACAAUUUGGUCAAUCAAAAGUUGGCUGUAAGAAUUUUGGAGAAACAAGGACAUCAAGUGAAGGUGGUUGAAAACGGCUUAGAAGCAUUUGAGGCUGUCCAGAAAAAGAAAUUUGAUGUUGUUUUGAUGGAUGUACAAAUGCCGGUCAUGGGCGGGUUCGAAGCCACCGAAAAGAUCAGACAAUGGGAGAAGAAACUGAAUCCCAUCGACUCUCUCAGCUUCCGGACUCCGAUCAUAGCAUUGACUGCCCAUGCAAUGUUGGGUGAUCGAGAAAAAUCUCUCGCAAAGGGAAUGGACGAUUAUGUUUCGAAGCCAUUAAAACCGAAAUUGUUAAUGCAGACGAUUGCGAAGUGCAUACACAACAUGAAACAAUUAAAGGAAUUAUCGAAACAAAACAACAGCAACCGCACUUCAGACUUUGCCAAGAAUUUACAAAAAAUCAAAAGUUCUCAAACACCCGGUACCAGCGAACAAGGUGGAGGAUCUCCAACCAGAGCGACUGCCACCAACGGGCUCGACUCUGGGGCUUUGACUACUCGGCAUUCGGAGGAAGUUGUCACCAAGACCAGGCCAGGUGCGCUUUCGGCAGGUAGUCGGUCUCAAACAGAAAGCUAUUUGUUAUUCUCAAAGAAGGAUGACGCUUGA